AUGCAGAAAUACUUGGCGGGCGAGGGCAAAGCAUGGUCUGGCGAUUCUACCAAGUCAAAUCUGCCCUUGAAGGUGGAUGUCAAUGUCUCAUUCCCAGAUGCCGAGAUCUUUGGAGUCAAGAUGGUUAAUGGUCGCCCAACUCGCGCAUUAUUGCACAUCGCAAAUAACGAGGACAGCGAGGUCAAUGUUCUUGUUGCGACCGCCGGCCUAUUCACACCUUUGGACACCCCAGGCAUGCCGGAUCCACCACAGAACCUCCGCAACCUGACUGGGGCCAAGUUCGGCACGGUAAUUCCUGCGAAAUCGAAGGAGACCUUGACAUAUGCCUUUGCGACUGUCAUGCAGCCUCAGGACUUGACUCUGGAAAUCAAGACUGUCAUCAGCAGAGCCCAAGAGAUGUACACCUUGACCAUCUUCCGUGAGAACGUCUCGAUUGUGGAGGCACCAGUCUCGUUUUUCGAUCCGCAGAUUAUCUUCCUCUACCUCUUCCUUCUCGCCGCGUUCGGUGGAACAUGCUACUUCAUCUACAACACUUGGAUCACAACCCUCUUCCCACAAAAGAAGCGCGGUGGCAAGGGCGGCGAAAGGGCUCAGCGUUCCAGCACCGGCAAGAAGCCAGUCAACCCUUCUGAGCAAGUCUCCGUCGUGGGCGCUGACGGCCCAGCUGUCACUUCCGGUUCGCAGGGAUAUGAUGAGAGCUGGAUUCCAGCUGGUCACUUGAACAGGCCUCAGGCCCGAAGAGUCGGAAGCGGACGACCAAAGAGCAGGGCAGCAUAG